CUGGUGACUACAGACGCAACCUCAAAUUCUAGGAUCUUUUGCCGUCGAAGACAAAAGACAAAGACAAUCUUCAUUCUAACAAAAUGGGUCUAGGUUUAACUGUUGGAGUUAUCGGGCUUCUGAUUCUAUUUCACGCCGCAUAUUCAACCAUCCGAUAUAGGGGCUUGUUGAAGAUUACAGAGGAAGAAUUUUCAGGAGCACCAUUCAAUGUGGUGAUUGAGCUGUCUCUUGGAUUACUGCUUUGUUUGUGGGCUGCACUCACUGUGCCAGGGAAUUUCUUGUCCAUACACCCAGAUUCUGAAGAGAACAGGAUUGUUUCUUUACCUGCCAACCUAGACUUCAUGAUCUUCAACCACCGAGGCAAGGUCUUUCCUGUGGAAAUGGAUGUGAAGCUGAGACGCUGAAGACUUUUGGAUCAAGUGCCUUCAUCCCUUAUAUGAGGGAUAAAUAUCUAUUCUCUGGAAAAUUAAAGAAUUUGGAUGUGCAUUUGAUAUCACUGUUGGUUGGUGUAAGUUUUUGCAGUUUCCUUUUGUACCUUAUACUUUCUGUACUGGCCACUUGCCCGAGUAAUUUUGACAGGAUAUUAUUACUCGAGUCAUUUAUGAAGUAGCUUGCACUUUAACCAUACUUUCAUAAGUGAUUUGCACUUUA